GGCUCAAGAAAUCUCGGCUCAAGGCGCUUGACAUUUGAUCCCCUCUGCCUGGGUAACCUCCAGUGGGAUCGAGUGCGCGUCAGGGAGUCACACGUUUGUCGCCUAGAGUGAUAUUGCACUGCCAUUCAUCUGACACGUUUGAUCGCCUUGAGUGGUCUUCAAUUGAUUUGUUUCACACGAUUGUCGCCUAGAGUGAUAUUGUGCUGCCAUUCAUUUGACACGUUUGAUCGCCUUGAGUUGUCCUCAAUUGAUUUGUUUUGCUGGGUGCUUCCGAGGCAGUCUCUGCCAUCAUUCGUUAUGCCACACGUGCGGAGUGCAAGUGCUCGCAUUAUGCGUCGGGCGCUGGCUGUUCAAAACGGAUACUGUGUGCAUCUACCUAUUCGCUUGCCUCUGGAUGGUUUGGUGCCACCUACGUGUCUCCCACCACCAGGGCUGGAGCGGGCGACUGCCGAUUUGGUUCUAGAUUAUUUCUUGUUGCGCGAUCCACCUGUUGUUAAACGCAGUUUGGAGGAGGAGGAGGAGGAGGAGGAGGCUGACAUUAAGACUGUUUCGGAGAAUCUUUCUUGCCGUAUGCAGGCUUCUGAAUCGCUGGUUGAUGUAGGUAUUGGAGUGCAGGCUUCUGAAUCGCUGGUUGAUGUUGGAGUGCAGACGGUUGAUGUUGCGGACUUUCAAUGUGAAGUCGGCUGUCAGACAGAUAGUGUCGUUGGGAUGGAGGGAGGAGCUUCAGGAGUUCUUCUUGGGAAAGUGACUGUGGCGGCGGAGGAGGAGCUGGAGGCACCCUCGAGUGCGGAGUCUUCUCCGAACGUGCAGUCUGAUUCUGAUAGCCGCGCCUUGUCAGGAGCGUCCCAGGGGUGUCUGAAUCGUCCCGUCACGCUCAAUGAGGUAUCGAAGGAGUCGCGCCAGAGGACUCGAGGGAGAGAUCGUGACAAGGUCAAGGGGACAUCGACGUGCUCUCAGGCCACCAUUGCCGAUGUCAAAGCGUGGAUUGACGCUGUUGCCAGCAUCAACGAGUUGAAUGCGAUCCAGUAUUUAAAGAGCGGAAUGGAUUUGUUUGAUAAGCUGGUGACAGAACAAGGGUUCCCUACAAAGAAGGCCCAAAAAGAUUAUGCUCGGAAACUGUAUGAGAUGCUCCAGAAUGUGCAAGCGACGCUGGAGGAUCUUCUAGGAUUCUUCGAGGUGCACAGGUUCUUGACAGGACAAAUGAACCGCGCCGAGAUGGCCAAGUUUCUUGAGGUUUCCAAGUGCAGCGAUUACCGAAUAAUAUUCUUCGGACGCCCGAGGAGUUUCGACAAGUUGGGAUGAAGCUAUUCGUGCGCACUUGUAUGCAACUUUCGGUUUAGAACAGCGAAGGCUGUAAUGCUUGUAUCUCACCUGUUCUUGUUUUCCUCACUUUAUCUCUCUGUUUGACCUCUCGCUGGAGCCAUGAUGGCUCUACGGCCCGCUGUGGGCCCCACUAAGCGCUUCAGGUGUGUAAAGGGCAGGAGCCCCUCAUAUUCUUCAGGUGACGUUCUUCCACGGGUUGUUUCCCCGUCUAAUUCGUUGAUUACUUCACAUGUGACGUUGAGCAUACGCCUCUUGUCAUACGGCGGGUUGAACAUGCGUAUUUCGGACUGGUUUGAUGUGAAUAAGAGUUUGUGCUCACUCACGCCUUGCCUGUUUGGAUACGUCCGCUCCUUGCUCCGACUAGGCUGGAAAGCCUGCACAGUCGACCGCAAAGUCCGCAAAAAACCAAGGUUGACGGUUCACCGCCGGCGCCAGUUCCGGGGAGCUGGAGAGCUAGUUGGCAAGAAAAAUCUCGACGGACCUUUUG